CCGUAUUACUACGCGCACGUCGCGACGUUGUUUGAGAACAAGUUGCAACAUGAUGCGGUGGUACAGUCAUGUCAGAAGGCCUUGAUUGGAUUGACAAUCCUGCCGGUGCCGGAUGAGAUCCUUGAACAGGAAAUUGUGCAGAGGAUGCUCAAGGCUGCCAUUGCAGGCGGAAUGUGGGAUGAGGCUUACACGGCCAUGACCCGCGUAUCAAGCGCACCUAGACAGAGAGAUGCCUUGAAGGAGCUUAUCCCGAGCAUGUGUGAACAGAACAUGGCGGAACGGAUGUGUUCGUACCCAUUCUUUGGUUUGUUAGAUGAGGUUGACGCGAUCCUUGCCCAGAAGGCGAAGAACAUGGUUGAUGUCCGCGCACAACCGCAAUACCACAAGAUUCUGUACUCUUGGCGUGUAAGUCACUCCAACUUCCGC